AUGGCUAGACGCCAGCGGCCGCAAGAUCGGGAUCUAAGGCAAGGUUCGGAGAGCUCUAGUGCUGGCAGUUGGCGAUCCCAUGAUACCGCGACGCAGGGGGAUCAUAGUCAUGGCCUAGGCCAAGCUUCUACAAGCCGUCACCCGGUUUCUGUGCGGACUUCGGGCUCCGAUCCAAGAUUGCGACCGAUCGGAAAGCCACGGUCAUCUUCAAGGAGUAAUAGGAGUGCUAGGAGUACUAGGAGUGCCAAUCGCCGAUCAUAUUCCCCCGACGUGUCACCAACCGACAUGAAGCUUGGUUUUGGAAGCCAUAGGAAGGCCCUCGCGCUUCUCGGUGCUGCAGGCUACCCCCCGCCAUAUUUCCCGGAUAUCCCCCGCGAGACCCAGCACAGGCGCUCGCCAUCAUGGACACCACCAUCAUCGUUGGAGCCAAGCGCGUUGAAAUCAGCCCGGGCGCCAGGAACGUUUCUGAAUGAUGGUUCCGACCAAGAAACCUCUCCCGCCUUCCCCUCUACAGCCACCGACCACGCUGGCCGCAGUGAUUCCCCCGACAACCCCAUGGACCCCGACCAUCGUAGACCGUCUGCUGCAAGUGCCACGACAAUUAGUAGCCAAGGAUCCAAAGAUAGUACUGCUCGCUUCCACAAGUGCCUGCAGCGUUUCUUUGGAGAGGACCAGGGCAAUAUAUCGGAUUCGGCUCUCACCCAAGCUCCCAAGGUCCGUGAAAGAAAUAACUCUACCCAUUCCCUGAAACCCAUAACGCGUUCAUUUUCCCCCCAUGGUGGUGGUGGCCCUCGACCACGCACCGCUCUCCCUUCCAGUGAUGUUGCCCCUUGGAUGUAUCAACGGUUCAAUGCGUUUUCUGAGUGA